AUGGUCUUUUGGAGCUCCACCUCCUCUGUACUCCUUGGCCUCCUGUCCCUCCUCCUCCUCCUCCACCCCUUCACUGCUAUCCGCCUUGGCCUUGUCCGGCGACCAACGCCGGACCUCCCUCUUUUCCGGGAAGCCCCCGCCUUCCGCAACGGUGAGGAAUGUGGCUCCACAGAGGCUGACCGCAUUAACGUGGCCAUGACCCUUGAUGCAAACUACCUUCGUGGCACCAUGGCUGCAGUGUUGUCCAUGUUACAACAUUCUACAUGCCCAGAGAACCUCGCCUUCUACUUCUUAUCCGCACACGAUGCUCCUGAACUAUUCUCCAGCAUCAAAUCCACUUUCCCAUAUCUAAACAUGAAGAUUUAUCGCUUUGAUUCUAACAGGGUUCGUGGCAAGAUAUCAAAGUCCAUUCGACAGGCAUUGGAUCAGCCUUUGAAUUAUGCAAGGAUAUACCUUGCAGAUACUAUACCAGAGGAUGUGCGACGUGUAAUAUAUUUAGAUUCUGACCUCGUCGUUGUUGAUGAUAUAGCUAAGCUUUGGGGGGUAAACAUGGAAGGCAAGGUAGUGGCUGCCCCUGAAUAUUGCCAUGCAAAUUUCACACUAUAUUUCACUGAUAAUUUUUGGUCAGACCCGGUUAUGUCAAAGACGUUUGAGGGAAGGAAGCCGUGUUACUUCAACACGGGAGUGAUGAUAAUGGAUGUGGAUAAAUGGAGAAAAGAAAACUAUACAGAGAAGGUUGAGGAAUGGAUGGCAGUGCAGAAGCAGCAGAAGAGGAUCUAUCAUUUAGGCUCUCUUCCACCAUUUUUGUUGGUUUUGGCAGGGAAUAUUAAAGCUGUUGAUCAUAGAUGGAACCAACAUGGUUUAGGCGGGGAUAACUUUGAAGGUAAAUGCAGGACCCUACACCCUGGUCCCAUUAGUCUCUUGCAUUGGAGUGGGAAGGGUAAGCCAUGGUUGAGGUUAGAUUCUCGGAAGCCAUGCAUUGUGGACCAUCUAUGGGCUCCUUACGAUUUAUAUCGGUCGUCUAGACACUUCUUUGAAGAAUGA